GAAAGCAAGAAAAAUAAACAAAAAAACGCCGUUGCCGGGGAUCGAACCCGGGUCACCCGCGUGACAGGCGGGAAUACUUACCACUAUACUACAACGACCUUGUUGUUUAAUUUUCCAUCAAUCAUAAAUCUAUCUAAUCGAAUAACAAUAACUUGUUCUUCCGAAUUUUGCUUAAAAGUUUCAUCGUUCACCAUUGCUGAAUGUGUGUAUUCAUCUUGAGUGAGUAAAUGGAAGUAACCUUCGCCGCAGUUCCCUCCUUUCCGAUAACAAAAUCAGACACUUCCGAUCGAAAUUCGUGUUCACUCUCCAUCGCACGGCGUAACAAAUUCGUGCAGCUUUCAUUUUCCUCAACAAGCUUUCGUACUAACAAGAGUCCUCUCUUCAAGGUUUUAUCUGCCGAAAGGGAUCAUGUUCAAGUUGUAGAGGGAAGUGGUGUUGAUGAGAUAUAUGAUGCAUUGGUUAGAAGAAUUCUGCCUCCAGCGUCGGUUUUGUUAAAUCCUAAUUAUAAGUUUUUUGUUGGCUUGGCUGGUCCUCCAGGUGCUGGAAAAAGCACCAUAGCACAUGAAGUAGCCAGUCGCGUAAACAAGCUUUGGCCAGAGAAAGCUUCUUCCUUUGACUCUCAGGUUAAACCUCCUGAUGUUGCUAUUGUGAUUCCCAUGGAUGGUUUUCAUCUUUAUCGUUCUGAACUAGAUGCAAUGAAGAAUCCCGAGGAAGCGCAUGCCAGAAGGGGAGCUCCUUGGACAUUCAAUCCCAUGCGACUGCUUACGUGUCUCAAGAAUCUGAGAGUUCAUGGAUCGGUUUAUGCACCAUCAUUUGACCAUGGUGUUGGGGAUCCAGUGGAAGAUGAUAUCUUUGUGAACCUUCAGCACAAAAUUAUUAUCGUAGAAGGUAACUAUUUGCUCUUGGAAGAUGGGGUCUGGAAGGAGAUUUCAUCUUUGUUUGAUGAGAAAUGGUUUAUUGAUAUUGAUAUUGACAAAGCAAUGCAACGAGUUUUAAAGAGGCAUAUCUCAACUGGCAAGCCUGCAGACAUUGCUAAGCAGCGGGUAGAGAACAACGACAGACUCAAUGCAGAACUUAUAAUGAAGUCCAAGAAAAAUGCUGAUAUAAUAAUCAAGUCAGUUGAUUUCUGAGGAAUCAGUUUGUGCCAAGUCAAGCCAAAACGUCCAAUAAAAGUAAGUAUUAUAACUUUAGAAGGAUGUGUGUAAUAAAGGUUGUGAUUGGUUCAGAUCCUAAAAUUUCUUUACAGCUUUAGAGUAAGCAAAUAAUUUUGGCAAUGAGUCCAAGCAUCAUACGAAAGCCGCUUGGGACUGUCAAGGUCAAACAUGUAAUAUAAUAUGUGCUUUUGCAGCUAGUCAACUGCAUGUUCUUUCUCCA